AACAAAAAAGUCCCAAAACAUGCAAGGCGAAAACUGAUCCGUCUAAACAUCACCACGUGGCAUGAUCUCAAUGACUGUAACAACAGUUGAAUUAAAACUGACUCGACAGUACGAGUCCGAGAUUCCGCCGACUCCGCCGCAAAUACAGGCGCGAGUCUCGACUUUGCUGCGCAUUGGCUUGCUACAGGGUCUUCCGUUUCUUACUGUUGCUUGCGAAGAAGAAAAAAUUCUCAGGUCUUCGGUUAGAGAAAAAUACUCUCUUAACCCACUAAUUCUCCGAUCAACUUUCAAUCCAAUAACAACAAACAAAAGCACAGUCAUAGCUGGAUUGGCUCCUGAAGGAUCACAAUAUGAUUCUCAUCAGUAUCACAACAAAAUGAAUGAAUUGCUUUCAGAGGAAGGAAAAGAUUUCUUUACUUCUUAUGAUGAGGUUUUUGAUGAUACUUUUGAUAAAAUGGGCUUGACAGAGAACCUUCUGAGAGGCAUCUAUAUGCCUAUGGUUUUGAGAAGCCAUCAGCAAUUCAACAAAGAGGAAUUGUCCCCUUUUGCAAAGGCCUUGAUGAUUGCAAUGCCAGGCUCUGGUGCUUGCGCCCCUAGUAGAGAGCUUGCCCAACAAAUUGAGAAAGUCAUGCGGGCCCUUGGUGAAUAUUUGGGUGUUAAGGUUCAUGCUUGUGUUGGUGGCACCAGUGUUCGGGAGGAUCAAACGAUCCUUGCUGCUGGUGUCCACGUUGUUGUUGGGACCCUGGUCGUGUAUUUGAUAUGCUUCGCAGGCAGUCCCUUUCGUGCAGACAAUAUCAGGAUGUUUGUGCUAGAUGAGGCUGAUGAGAUGCUCUCCCGAGGUUUUAAGGAUCAGAUCUAUGAUAUCUUUCAGCUACUCCCUGAAAAAAUUCAGGUCGAUCGGUGUGUUUUCUGCAACUAUGCCCCCAGAAGCUCUGGAGAUCACAAGGAAAUUUAUGAACAAACCAGUAAGAAUUCUUGUGAAGCGUGAUGAGCUGACUCUGGAAGCUAUCAAGCAGUUCCAUGUCAAUGUUGACAAGGAGGAGCGGAAGCUCGAUACAGUUUGUGACCUUUAUGAAGCAUUGGCAAUCACUCAGAGGUGAUUUUUGUGAACACCAGACGCAAGGUUGAUUGGCUUACUGACCAAAUGCGUAGCCGUGACCACACUGUCUCUGCCACCCAUGGAGACAUGGACCAGAAUACAAGGGAUAUCAUUAUGCGUGAAUCCCGCUCAGGAUCUUCUCGUGUAUUGAUCACCACUGAUCUCCUUGCUCGUGGGAUUGAUGUCCAACCGGUGUCCUUGGUUAUUAACCAUGAUUUGCCAACCCAACCAGAGAGCUAUCUUCACCCCAUUGGUCGAAGUGGAAGAUUUGGAAGGAAAGCUGUCGACUUUGUCACUCCUGAUGAUGAAAGGAUGCUCACCGAUAUUCAGAAAUUCUACAACGUUGUGAUCGCGGAGCUGCCUGAAAAUAUUGCAGAUUUGAUCUGAAUGAGCUUGUCAUCCAAGAAGAGGAAAACUGUCCUGUUCAUUAUAAUUAGGUGGAAGUCCAAACAGUUAACUUUAUAGUCAACAUUAAUUAUUUUAAUAAACUAAUGAUUUUAUU